AUGCUGCCCAAACACAGAGGGAUGGCCAGCUCCGACCGAAAUCCCCAGGAGUCACAGGAUGAACCCAAAUCCCAAGAGGACGUCCCGGCCUGCCAAUCUUGCCGGAAGAAAAAGGCACGCUGUAGUAGGGCGCAACCUUGUUCCGAAUGCACCCGAUCCAAUGUCGACUGUGUUUACGAUGAGCGGCGCAUGAAACCCGGACUGCGUGCUGGAGCGGUUGAUCAGCUUUACCGACGCGUCGAGACGUUGGAAAAUAUGUUCCUCGGCCAGGAGCUCCUCUGGCAACAGAUGUGGAAGACAGAGCAUCCCGAUGCACCAAUUCCAGACUGCAGCGAGGGAUCAACCACAAUUGAAAAUCUGGCUCAGCGACGAGAGAAGCUGAAGUCUGUAUUACUCAACGCGUCAUCGAAUAUAGGUCAGGGCCAUGAGCGGAGGUAUGAUGUAGAUUUGGAACCGAGUGCUCCUCCGGCCAAACGACGUCGCUGUGAACCAACACCAACUCGUUUACCUUCCGCCCGAAUGGAAGUCAACGAUCCACUUUCAUCGACCGAGGUCAUGGCUGAACUGGUAGACUUUUACUUCGUCAACGUGCACCCUUGGAUACCUGUUCUUCACCAAGCAAGGUUUCGGAGACGCAUAGAGUCCCCGAGCGAACGCCCGCGUGUUACUUGCAUCCUGCACGCGAUUGUUGCUGUUUGCGCAAAGUUUUGCCAAAGUGACAGCCUGCGCGACAAAGAAGCGAGAAUGAACAUUGCCGAGCAAAGCCGUCAAAGAGUUAUUUUGGAAAGCAUGGAGACAUUUUCUGUUGAGAAUUUGCAGGCAUUGGUGAUCAUUGCCUUCGACACCAUUGGCCGAGGACGUGGUCCUUCGUCUUGGUCUAUUGUCGGGAGCAUGGUAGGUACAGUUGAACAAUUGCAGCUGGACGUCGAAGAAGACGAGAUAUCCCGCUCAACGAACCCCGGAGAGACUCUGAUACGGCGUAUGGUAUUCCUGACUCCCCCAAGCUCCUGGAGUGAAGCGGAAGAGCGGCGGCGAGUGUUUUGGGCGGUAUUCUUGAUGGAUCGCUUCUGCAACGUCUCCACAGGCUGGAAGAUCAGUUUGACCAGUGCCGAUGUCAAGCGCCGCCUUCCCUGCGAAGGAACCAUCUGGGCCAAUGAGAAAGAGGUUCGGACACCUUAUUUUGGCAUCUCAGCCACGAAAGAUACCAUGUCAACCAAUUCGCCACCGGUUGGCGAUCCAGGCUCAACAAAUUCAGAUGAGGAAGAAUUGAUUGGUGGGUUCGCCUACAAUAUUGAAGCAACUGAGUCACUUGCGCUUGUGACAAACUUCUUUCUUCACCACGCUUUUAAUGUGUCAGACACAGUGAAAGCUCGAAUUUGGUUGAUGAAAUUCAAGGAACUAGAUUUGCGGCUUAUGCAGUGGAAGUUGUAUAUGCCAGAGAAAUGGCGGGAAGCCUCUGUCCUGAAUGGGGACGGUGUCAUGGAUCCCAAUUUGACACUAGCACAUAUCACACAUAAUACCGCGGUGAUUCUGUUACAUCAAGGGAUAGCUUACCCGCCCCCUCACUGGAGAAACUGUCCCAUCAAACUUCCAUCUGCAUCAUCAGCAGAAACCUGCCUGGAUGCUGCCUCUGAGAUCGCAACCAUUGGACAUCAAUUCUUAUCAAUCUCGCCCAUAUUCACAAACCCCCAGUUUUCAUUCUGUCUCUUCAUUGCUGGUCGAAUGAUCUUAACACAUGCAAGAUAUAAUCAGAUACCUGUUCCCCCGGCCCUCGAUAUCUUGAUCUCCAGCUUACUCGAGAUCUCCCAAAGAUGGACCGGUCGCGAGGAGAGUGCAGAUCCAGUGACCGAAAACCUAGCCUCAAGCUUCGCAAAGCGGCUCACAGAAGCUCAAAGUAACUCGGCCGCUGCUUCUCGACCGAGUCUGGACAUCAGGCAGACUGCUUACUCGGACGAAUCUAGAGAGCAGCCCUUACGACCACAUCCAAUGGGCACCUCGUCGCAUGGCUCCAUUAUUCCUGAAUCGAGAGGUACAGAUAGUGCGCCUCCGGCAGAGGACAUGGGGAAACCCCCAUUCCAAGAGCCAUAUGAUCUGGACCCAUUCAGUUUAGCCUUCCCACCAUUGCCAUUGGCAUUUCAGCAAGACUUUGCUGUAUUUCCGGGCUCGAACCCAAUGUACGAAGGAUCUUCCAAUGGCUUACCACACCCUAACCUGGGUGCACAAUCAAAUGAACCUCAACUGGCCCCGUGGCAAGGCCACAAUGGCCCUGUUGGGAAUAAUGUCGUUAGCCCACCAGAUCAUUUGGGCUAUGUUCUCGACCUUGUCCCCAGUCCUAGCCAAAGGAUCAGCCGCUAUAGUGGAGGAUUCAUGGAAAGCUAA